UCGAUGCAUGUUGACAUCAGAAGCAUCUGUCCGCCAAAGGAUAAAGAUUCCGUGGGAACAAAGGCAAGCUCGUCCAAGAAAAGCAAAAUGGACAAAAACAAGGAACAUGAACAUGAACAAAGUGUACCCAAAAACAAAGAUAAACAGGAAAAGACUGACAGAAAAAACAAGGAAAAAGAGCGUAUUUUUGAACAUAUUUGUGCGCUUAGAAACUCAAACGGUGGCAUCUUGCUGAUAAAUUUUACACAUAUGGAUGACAGCGACAGGUCUCUUGCACUAGUUGACGAACUGAUUGAUGAUAGGCUAAAUGAACUAAUUGAGGAUGGAGUCUUAUUCCAUGAUAGUUACUUCAGAGAUUGGCUGAAAGGAGAACCCAACUGCCUCUCGAUCACAUGCAACUCUUCAUCAACUAUAUCUACCGUAAACUACAACACACACAUCAACCUCAACAAAGGUUUUGCUAGACCCACAGUUUUGAACAUGCGUUACAUCCUGAGUAAAGACAGAUCAGGUGGAGAGUAUGAGGAGAAGUCACUUCAUGGACUACAAGAGGCCAGCAACGUGCAACUAAAAUCCUUCCCACAUGCCGGCCAGGUGGCGAGAAGUGAUUGGGCACCCUACAUCGUGGACAAACUUCGUCUGAGGGAAUACAUCUCAUCCUUUGCAAACCAGAAAGGGGGCGGGUAUUAUUUCCUAGGAAUUGCUGAACAAGAUCAAACAAUGCGCACCUACAACUCACGAAAGUUAUCCAUGGAAGGAUUUGAACUGAAGAAGGAGCUUCAUGAGACUCUCAAGUCAGAAUUACAGUACCAAAUUGCUUCGAGGGUUUUGUUUCUGACGCCGAAGAGGGCCACUGUUCACCGAGAUGGGAUCACACAAUCUCUGAAGUUUACGUUCCACAAAGUGGAACGUCAUGAAGACAUAUAUGUUCUUGAGGUAUAUGUGCCUUACUUCAGUGGAGUUGCGUUCUUCGACAGUGAUGGUCCAGAGUCCUACCGUAUUAAUGAGAACAAUUGUAUCCAACGUGUCGUACCACAGGAAUGGUGUCAGAAGGUUUUGGAGCAUCCAACAACGUAAAUACUUUGAGACACUGGCAUCCAUUACCAGAUGUGUAUUUACCCUGGUUUCUUCUGUGUGGCGUCUGUGGACAAUAAUUCAUUACCGAACUCUGCGAUACUCAUGAUUCAUUUAUAUGUUAUAUUCUUCAGUAAUAUUGAAUUAUGACUAUCAUGUUGAAUUACA